CCUCCCUCGCCUCUGAGAGUAUUGAAUUUCUAGCCGCGGUGGCGUUGAGUAUAGAGAAAAGAGAGAUACUUUCUUCUUCUUCUUCUUCAGUUCAGGUUUAAGCUAAGUCUCAAUGGUGCUUCAAAUCGAGGCGGAUAAAAGAUUAUCGUUUAAUCGCCGCAUUAAAGAUGGAGAUUUGGUGAUUGUGUAUGAAAAGCACGACGCGAUGAAAGCCGUGAAGGUUUCUGAGAACGGGGUGCUCCAGAAUCGUUUCGGGGCGUUUAAGCACUCAGACUGGAUAGGAAAGUCGUUCGGGUCAAAAGUGUUUGGGCAUAAGGGCGGAUUUGUUUACCUGUUGGCCCCGACGCCGGAGCUGUGGACGCUCGUUCUGAGUCACCGGACUCAGAUUCUGUACAUUGCGGAUAUCAGCUUCGUGGUUAUGUACUUGGAGAUAGUUCCGGGUUGUUUGGUUCUUGAAUCGGGAACGGGUAGCGGCUCCCUCACCACCUCCCUCGCGAGGGCUGUUGCUCCCACCGGACAUGUUUACACAUUUGAUUUUCACGAACAGAGGGCUGCCUCUGCUAGGGAGGAUUUUGAGAGGACAGGUUUAAGCAAACUAGUGACGGUAGAAGUAAGAGACAUACAAGGGGUAGGGUUCCCGGAGGAGUUGUGUGGAAGGGCAGAUUCCGUGUUCCUUGACCUCCCUCAGCCUUGGUUAGCCAUACCUUCAGCUGGGGAAAUGUUGAAAGAAGAUGGUAUCUUGUGCUCCUUCUCUCCGUGCAUUGAGCAAGUACAACACUCCUGUGAAGCAAUGAGAUCACGGUUUACUGAUAUAAGAACAUUUGAAGUACUUCUUCGCACCUAUGAAGUCCGACAGAAAAUUCUGGAGGGUGAAGGAGGCCCUACUCCUUUUGAUGAACAUCCAAGCAAGAGAAAGCGGGUUACUAAUGGAGUAGAAUGUUCUGCUUCUAACAGUGUCAUGCUCAGGCCUUCUAGCGAGGCAAGAGGGCAUACUGGCUACUUGACAUUUGCCAGGCUCAAAUGUGUUGAUCAUACUUCUUGAAUGAAUUGAAAUGAAAUUUAAAGGAUCUCUCAUUUAAUUUU